GUCCCUUCCCCCGCGGCCCCGCUCCCGCCGCCGCCGCCGCCGCCGCCCCUGCCAUGGGCGCCAGCGGCUCCAAGUCGCGGGGGCUGUGGCCCUUCGCCUCGCCGGCGGCGGGCGGCGGCGGCCCCGAGGGCCCCGGCGGGCAGCAGGCCCUGGCCCGGGCGCGGGCCGCGCGCGCCGCCACCCCCUUCGUGUUCACGCGGCGCGGCUCCAUGUACUACGAUGAGGACGGGGAUCUUGCUCACGAGUUCUACGAGGAGACAAUCGUCACCAAGAACGGGAGGAAGCGCGCCAAGCUGAAGAGGAUCCACAAGAACCUGAUACCUCAGGGCAUAGUGAAACUAGAGCACCCUCGCAUUCACGUGGAUUUCCCGGUGAUCAUCUGCGAGGUGUGAGUCCCAGACAUCUCUGCCUGUGGGCGGGAGGCCCUGCCCCACCGCCCCCAGCCUUGCCGGGCCAGGCUGCCCCAUGUUCCCACCCGAGGAGGACUCCGGGCGCGCGGCGGGACAGUGGCUCUCCCCUCGCCCGGAGGUGAGGCGGAACGGAGCAGGCCCUCGCAGGAGAUGGGUGACCUUGUGCAACGACUGCUUAAAAACAUCCUCGCUUGAGUCAGAAGACUAAAAUACCUAUUGUAGCCUCUAGCCCAUGUUGGAUGGGUAACUGGAACUGCAGACGAGCUGCUGUGUGUGAGCUGUUAAAGGGAGAGUGAGCCCGCACUUCUCACCAGAGAGAACCCCCUGCUUCUCAGGUAUGCAGCCCAGGGAGGGCCAGGGCACGGUGACCCACUGCCCAAGGCCUCCGGGGCCCGCAGGUUAGAUGGCCAGUGUUGCAGCGUGUCUCUUGACACGGGUGUGAGGUGAUGGGUCCAUUGAUGGAGGAUGAACAGGGCAGGCUGAGGGGUCUUGAAGCACAUUUGGCUGGCUGCUGUGCUCCUCUUGGGAAGGGGACGGAGAUCAGAUGCCGCUCUCUUGGACCUCAGUCUCUUCCCCCUGUGCGUUUCCCCGCUUACACUGGCUCUGGGAAGGCUGGCUUUGCUGCUGCCUGCUGGAGAUUAACAGAAUUGAAGAAGUUUGACUCCUAGCUCGUGGUUUCUCAGAGAGGGUCUCGGUGGCAUAGUUCCCCUUCGGUAGGAGAAAAGAGCCGCCAAGUCUCCUCUCUGGAUCCCAGGGCGAAAAGUACUUUUUUGAGUUGAAGGAGGCCAGGGCUCUCUUCUCAUCUGCGCUGUAGUUCUAGUUCUCUGCACAGACACACGGCUUCCAUGCGCCGAUGUCUGAUGCCUCUCAUGACAUAACCAGAGCUCUCAAACGAUGCGAUCUCUUCACUGGUCAAGCCGAUCUCACCUCUCUGGGGAAUAUGUUUUCCCCUGUCAUCCUGAGACGCAUGAGUUUUGGGAGCCUCUGGUCCAAUCAGGCUAUCAGCUUCAGUAUUUUUUUGAUCUCUCAGUCCAGAGAUCAUCCCCUUGAACUGUUUCACUAUUGGAAUCUUCACUACUUGAAUUGCUGGAUUCCUUCCUGCUCUUCUUGUUUUUCUUCUUCUUCUUCUUUUUGCUCUUCUUUUUCCUCUUCUUGCUUUUCUUUUUAUCUUCAUCACUGGAGUUCUGCUCAGACUCCGACUCACUGUCGCUGUCCUCAGAAUGUUUUCUGCGCUUUCUUUUGGAUGCCUUACGUUUUUUCUUCUGUCUUCUUUUCCUCUUCUGGGCUGGAAUCCGAAGAACUACUCUUAGAUUUUGCCUCUUCAUCUUCUACCGGUGUAUGCUCAUCAGAAUCGGGGUCAGGAACCUCUGGUGGCAGCCCCCAUACUUCAGGUGCCCUCAGCUCUCCAAUUCUCUCAGUGAGUCUCCUCUGCUGCAGGAUCUCCUCCUCCUUCUCCUAGUACUCGGGCCAGCCCUUGCCGUGGUAGUGGUGUGCGCGGUGGAGCGCAGCGCGCCGGGGCUGUGAGACCGCGACCGGCUGCGGCUCCGCCGGUGGUGCGGGCGCCUCGGGCCAUUGGGCUCGUGGGAGCGGGAUCGGGAUCGGCGGGCGCGGCACUCGGGGCUGGCGGCGGGUGGGGAGCGGGAGCGGGACACCAUAAACCGCGGCGGGGCGGGGGAGGCACUAAUUAAGAGAAUUGGAGAAAUUCGACUCCUCGCUCGCGGUUUCUCGGAGGGGGUCUCGGUGGCACGGUUCCCCUUAGGUAGGAGAAAAGAGACGCCAAAUCUCCUCUCUGGAUCCCAGGGCGAAAAGUACUUUAUUUAAAACUCCGCGGGGUUAUAAGGUCUCUGGGGGAGGGCUUAGAAGGAGUAACUUGAUUGGGCCAAGGUCCGGGGGAAAAGGCGCGGCUUGAGGGCUCUGCUAACCAACGGGGGAUACAGGAGGGCCCAAGUGCCAUAACAAAGCCAGGGAUUGGGCAGAGGCGGAUGAGACAACCAAAUAUGGUUGUGCAGAGGCGGAGACCGAUGGGGGAGGGAGACGACAUGGGACCGAGUGGGGGGGCCGCGUAGACCGGGGGAAAUACGUAACUCAGGGAAAAACCGUACAAUAAAACGGAAAUUGUUGUUGUUGUUCUGCUCCGCUCGAUCCCAGAGAGCUGCCGCUGUGAUAGAACCGCUUCUAAAGUCGUUCUUCCCAGGCUUCAUAACUUUUGCAUUCCCCCACAGGAGAUCUCUGCACUCUGUGGCCACGGCUGGUGGCAGCAGGGUCCCAGCUCUGCAGCAGGCUUGCCUCCCCCGUUGGCACACUGGCUCCUGCUGAGCACCGUCCCUCAUAGACUCAUAGACUCAGCUGGGUUGGAAGGGACCUCCGAGAUCAUCAAGUCCAACCCUUGAUCCACUACCGCUGCGGUUGCUAGACCAUAGCACUGAUGCCACAUCCAGUCUCAUCUUAAAAACCUCCAGGGACAGAGAAUCCACCACUUCCCUGGGCAGCCCAUUCCAAUGCCUGAAUACCCUCUCUGUAAAGAAUUUCUUCCUAAUAUCUAACCUAAACCUCCCCUUAAGACCAUGCCCUCUUGUCUUGCUGAUAGUUGCCAGGGAGAAGAGACCAACCCCCACCUGGCUAUAACCUCCUGUCAGGUAGUUGUAGAGAGUAAUGAGGUCUCCCCUGAGCCUCCUCUUCUCCAGGCUGAACAACCCCAGCUCCCUCAGCCUCUCCUCAUAGGACUUGUGCUCAAGUCCCUUCACCAGCCUUGUUGCUCUUCUCUGGACCUGCUCCAGCCCCUCAACAUCCUUCCUGAACUGAGGGCCCAGAACUGGACACAGUACUCAAGGUGUGGCCUCACCAGCGCUGAGUACAGGGGAAGAAUCACUUCCCUGGAUCUGUUGGCUACACUGUUCCUGACACAGGCCAGGAUGCCAUUGGCCUUCUUGGCCACCUGAGCACACUGCUGGCUCAUGUUCAGCUUCCUGUCAAUCCAAACUCCCAGGUCCCUCUCUGCCUGGCUGCUCUCCAGCCACUCUGUCCCCAGCCUGUAGUGCUGCAGGGGGUUGUUGUGGCCAAAGUGCAGGACCCGGCACUUGGCCUUGUUGAACCUCAUCCCACUGGAAUCAGCCCAACUCUCCAGCCUAUCCAGGUCCCUCUGUAGAGCCCUCCUGCCUUCCAGCUGAUCGACACUCCCCCCAACUUAGUGUCAUCUGCAAAUUUGCUGAUGGUGGACUCAAUCCCCUCAUCUAAAUCAUCAAUAAAGAUAUUAAACAGAACUGGGGCCAACACUGAUCCCUGGGGGACACCACUAGUGACCGGAUCCCAACUGGAUGCAGCACCGUUCCCCACCACUCUCUGGGCCCAGCCCUCCAGCCAGUUCCUAACCCAGCACAGAGUGCCCCUGUCCGAGCUGUGGGCUGCCAGCCUUUUCAGGAGAAUGCUGUGGGAGAUGGUGUCAAAGGCUUUGCUGAAGUCCAAGUAGACACAUCCACAGCCUUCCCCUCAUCCACCAGGUGGGUCACCUCAUUCUGCCAGGCUGUCGGGCAGUGUCCUCGCCCCUGCUGCUGUUUGAACGUACCUCCCUGGCGGGUGGGCCUUGACUGAGCCAAGCAGGAAAGGAAUCCUCUCUCUUCCUUCCCUGUCCCCCAAAACAAUCAAUUGGUGUACCUGCCCCAGCUUGGAAAUCUCCCUGGGAAAUCUCCCUGGCGAUGUGAACUGUGGUUCCUCCCACAUCCCAGCUGGUGGCAGAGGGGAGGCGUGAUGCACUUUAAAGGGGGAAUUUCUACCCCGCCUUGGAAGGUCCUGCUCUUCUCUCCUCUUCCCUCCUGCAUGAGGUCUUGGUGGCACCUGAAAAGCUCUCACCCCUGUGUGUGGCCAGGUGCUGGGGGAAGAGCUUGACCCCAAAUGCCCCUUGCCAGCACAAGAAGCCCCUCCCUUCCUGCUUGGCUGUGCCUGGACCGGGCAGGCGGAGGAGGACCAGCAGCAGGCACAGCUUUAAAGUGGGUCAGAGCCUGCUACCCACAGCAGCCGGCUCAGCUUUCCUCCUCUUUCGUUCCAGAACUUAUUUACUUUCUAAGCACUUCAGAUGUUUGCUACCUCGAUUUUUAAUUUAAGCUGCUGGCACUUGGCUGCCAGCCCCGUCGGUGUCUACGUUGGAUGUAUCCAUCGCCGCGUCCGUUGAGAGCCGCCCGGGCGCGGGGCCACAUUCCCGGCUUCAGAGAGAUAACAGCGGCGUGGCUGUUGCCGUCUUCCUGUCACCACCUCUUCCCUUCACGUCCCUUCACCCGCUGUUCCCAUCGACAGGAGUGAGCACGCAGGGUGAAGUGGAUGUGCUGGCUGCCACCAGGCAGGAAAGUGGGAGGGCAGGGCUCGUCUACACUGUGAUGCUGAGCACUUCUCUCGACAUCUUUUGUUCUGCUUGCUUGAAAGAGUCUUGUCUUAAAACAAUCUCCCACUGAAGUGUUUCUUAUUCGUACCACCUGCUCCUGAGUUUCUCCCAGGCUGGAGCUCCCUGGGCAGGGCAUCCCCUCAGGCUCUGCUGCAGAGCAGGAGCUGCUGUCCCCAGGAAGAGGAGAGAAAACCAUGGUCGCACUGUCUGUGCUGCCUUGCCCCUCUGCUCUUCGAGGGCACGGGAAGCUGCACUGAAGCCACUGCGGGUACUGGGGAAGGCGAAGGAGGAGUGGGGAGGGGGCCAGUGCUGUUUGCCUGUCCCAGUGGGGAGCCCCUCACAGGGCUACCAGCCAAAAAUCUGCUGGCAAAGCAGGGCCCGAACACCAGGAGAGGGGGCAGAGACUGAGACCGGCUUAGCAAGGAUGCUUUUGUCCUUCCUGACAGGCUGCCCACCCUUCCCCCACGGCAUUAAACAUGCUUCCCAAAAAAAACCACAGCCUUCUCCCACCCUGCUACCCCUCUAGUGUCAUGGGAGUGGCAGCGAACUUCUGCAGACUGCCAACAAGCUGCAUCCUGCCCUGCUUCUUCCCAGGCUGGUCCCUACAGCAGCCAGCCCCCAGGCCCCCUCCAGCCCUCCUGCAACAGCAGGGCCUUGGGAGCACCUGGAGGGGUCUUAAAAAUGUGAAGGUCACUGUAAAUAGUAUUUGUGUCCACUGUGGUGUUGGAGCAAGCAAAAAAAAAAAAAGGAAAGUUUUCCUUUUGAUUGUUUUUUUUUUUUUUUUAAUGAUUUCUGUGUGAUGUUGUGCUUUCCCGUGUGGAUGUGUAGCCGUACUCACUGACACUAGGCUCCUUGCUCCUCUGGCGUGUGGGUAGGACCCAUGGGUUUGGGAAAUGUACACUAUUUAUGGUCCUUCCUCCCAGUGCAUCUGUCCACUUUUGUUAAAUUUCAAUAAAAUUAUUUGUAGAGCC